AUGUCCGAGGAGAAAAAAUCUGUUGCGAAUAGCAAGGGGAUGCGGGCUGUCAUUUUAGUUGGGGGUUACGGGACUCGUCUGCGUCCCCUCACCCUAACGAUGCCAAAGCCUUUGGUGCCGUUUUGCAACAAGCCAAUAAUCGUACACCAAGUAGAGGCACUGCGAGACGCGGGGGUGACGGAAGUGAUUCUUGCCGUUGCGUAUCGCUCCGAUGCGAUGAGAAAAAACAUGGACUAUUGGUCAAAGGAGCUUGGCGUCUCUUUUGUCUUUUCUCUGGAGGAGGAGCCCCUUGGAACGGCGGGGCCACUGGCUCUGGCGCGUGAUAUUCUUUUACAGGAUGAUCAGCCUUUUUUUGUUUUGAACGCUGAUAUCACAUGCCGAUUUCCCCUGCGAGAACUUCUUUCAUUUCACCAGAAGAGUGGGAAGGAGGGCACCAUUGCCGUGACGAAGGUGACAGAUUGGCAGAAGUACGGCGUUGUUGUUUUUGAUGAAGCAACAGGAGUUAUUGAUCAAUUUGUGGAGAAGCCAAAGAAUUUUGUGGGAGACCGCAUCAACGCCGGUAUUUAUGUGUUCAACAAGAGUGUCCUUAACCGAAUUAAAGUGGAGAAGACUUCUAUUGAAACGCAGGUUUUUCCACAGAUGGCAAGCGCCAAGCAGCUCUGUGCGUUUAUUCUUGAGGGUUUUUGGAUGGACAUUGGCGUUCCUAAGGAUUACAUUGAGGGCGUCGGAAAAUACCUCCGGUCACUCAACGGGACCCCGAAGGAGUCACAAGAAGUCUACGGGUUUGGUCAGGCGCAUAAGACUGAUGAUUUUACCGUCAUUGGUUCCGUUAUCAUUGACCCCAGCGCCAAAAUUGGAAAAGGAUGCGUUAUUGGGCCAUUUGCAACCAUUGGGCCGGGCUGUGUUAUCGGUCCCACCUCACGUAUCCGAAACUCUGCGAUUCUCGACGAAAGCACCAUCGGUAAGGGGACGUUGGUUGACUCCAGCAUUAUUGGCUGGAAGUCGAGGGUUGGCUCCUGGUGCCGUGUAGUAAACAAUACCGUUCUGGGGGAGGACGUGGAGGUGAAGGACGAAUUGUUUCUAAAUGGAAUAAAGGUCCUUCCAAAUAAGUCGAUAUUGCAGAGCUAUCAUGAGCCGGAGGUUGUUAUGUAA